GAUUCUGAUGUUCUGGCGGUAAGAGAGACGGGACAUCAAUCCCAAUGAGACGAAAGAGAAAUGCAUCCACCGAUAAGUCGGAGGUGCUACGGCUUACGUCAGAUGAGAUCAAUCAUAAGAAGCUACGUGUUCGUCAGCUUCAUAAGUUCACUAUCCUUCAUUACUCGCCCUUUAAGGCAGUGUGGGAUUGGUUUAUACUCCUCCUCGUAGUCUAUACAGCUAUCUUUACUCCAUACUCAGCAGCCUUCCUACUCAAAAAUGACGAAAAUAAGGCCAAGCUUAACAAGGAUGCUGAUACACGAGACGGCGACAGUCUCUCACAGAGUUACACCCAACCCUUGGUAUUCAUCGACAUGGUGGUCGACGUCAUGUUCAUCGUCGAUAUCUUCAUCAACUUCAGAACCACCUUCCUCGACGACUCCCUGGGUGAAGUCAUCUCAAACCCGUCGAAGAUAGCCAAGCAUUAUCUGAAGGGAUGGUUCGUGAUCGACGUCAUGGCCGCCAUCCCGUUCGAUCUCCUUCUCUUCUCCGUGGCAGCGGAUGAGAAAACGACGUCAGCAAUGAGUUUAUUAAAGACAGCUCGAUUGCUGAGAUUACUUCGUGUUGCUCGUCGUCUAGAUCAGUAUUCUCAGUUUGCUCCAGCCGUCGUGUGCCUACUCAUGUGUGCCUUCACCCUGGUCUCUCAUUGGAUGGCUUGUAUAUGGUACGCUAUCGGGGAACAACAAAGACCAGAAAUACAGUAUGGCUGGCUAGACAUGUUAGCGCAAGAUUUAUUUACUCCGUAUACGAAUGCAUCGACAGGUGGUCCGUCAUUAAAAGAUAAAUACGUCUCAUCUCUAUACUUUACGUUAACCACACUAACCACGGUGGGGUUCGGUAAUAUAGCGCCCUCAACGGACGCAGAGAAAUUAUUCGCCAUCUGUAUGAUGCUUAUAGGAUCCCUUAUGUUCGCGUGUAUCUUCGGGAACAUGACGGCGAUCAUUGAGCGUCUCUACGCCGGUAUAUCCCGGUAUCAGCAGCAGCUCAACCUGGUCAAAGAGUUCGUCAAGUUUCACAAUGUACCCAAUCCGUUACAGAGUCGACUCAAGGAGUAUUUCAAACACGCUUGGGUUUAUAUGAACGGAAAUGACUUCCAUGAAGUCGCUGAGGUUAUGGCCGACUUUCCUGAUUUUCUUCAAGCUGAUAUAUCACUUCAUUUAAAUCGUAAUCUUCUCAAAGAAUCCAACGCAUUUCGAGGCGUAAACCACGGAUGUUUACGAGCGUUAUCCAUGAAAUUCAAGACAACGCACACAGCUCCUGGUGAUAUAUUAAUACACAAAGGCGACUCGUUGAAUAUCAUGUACUUUAUAUCGAGAGGAUCCCUGGAAAUUUUACAGGGAAACCUUGUUUUAGCAAUUUUAGGAAAGAACGAUGUUGUAGGAGAGAAUUUCUGUACGUGCGAGGAUGUAGGGAGGUCAAAGGGCACCGUGAGGGCAUUGACCUACUGUGACCUGGUGACCUUAGCAAGGGAUGAUCUGAUGGAUGUGAUCAGGUCAUAUCCAGACUUCAAAGAACAUUUUGCAGAGAAGGUUGAAAUCACCAUGGAUAUGAGAGAUUAUGAUCCAUCUGAGAGGCGACCCUCAGCGGUUCCUGAGAAAGACCUUGAGGCUGACAAGACAACAACACCUCCAAAGAAAACUUCAAGUACACGAAACAACUUGUCAGUUAGCAAUACCAGGUUAACUAUCACACCUAUGCAAAGCUCUGAGAACCUUCAGACUAUCUAUCGCGCUACAUCACCCAGUACUAGGAGACGCUUCAGGAAACGAAGUGAGAAGUCAAGAUCCGCGUCACAAGAAUCUUCCAAGCGUACCACGGUCGACAUCGAGAUGAAUCGACUGAACGCUGACGACGACGAGGAGGAAGACGAAGGCGAAGAUGCUCCGAUGAUUCCUAAACACACCAGCAGUCCUCGUGCUCCACAAAAACGUGAAUCCAUUCCUCAUAGCCCUCUCAAAGAGACUCAGUAUAUGGCAGCAUCAGAACCACAACUUGCUGAGACAAAACAGAGAGGGCGUGUGUCAGGCGGGCUGGGGAUUAGAGGAACGCCAGAGGGUGCUCCAACUAGUUCAUCAACGGGACAAAUUGCACCCUCAGCAGUACAUAUUGUGGAUGCGAACAAACUUGUGUGUGAUAGAGCAGUGCAUAACAAAAUAGAUGAGCUUUAUCUGCAGCUGGAUAAUAUUGAGAGAAGUUUUGAUGAGAAGAGGAACGAGAUCAUUGAUGUUUUGUUGAAAGAACAAAAGCAGAAAGAAAUGGCGGUGAUUGCACAGACCAUGCAACAAGAUGCCCAAACAUUGCUUCAUAAUAUCAUGCCGUCCACCAAUACCAAUCAGCAGAUUCCCAGUGUGUCGAAUCGUGUCCCUGCCACAUUGGCAUCUGUUAUUACAGGAAACAAUGGCACGUCCAACGAUUUACACGAUGUGGAUAGACUCCUAAGCCAGCCGUUUCCAGGUGAUCAACCGGUGGAUGUUCCAGUCCUGCUACCGGAAUCGAAUUCCCAUUCAAUGCCUCGUCAACAAUCCAUGUAUUCCUCAAACACUAUGCCACGUGUCAAGAAAUGUGAGCAACCGAGCGAGUCGUACACGGAAACACAAACAUUACAUCGGCAAUCACGCUCUCCGCGUUCGGACAAGCGAUCGUCGUCGACGCGCUCGCAACGUCCAAGCUCUGCAUCCGGCCGCGUCUCAACAGCACAUCGCUCUGUUUCUGGCCACAACCUUCAGGCUGCCUCAUCGACUCCGUCUGUAAGCGGCAGGCUAUCUACGGACACACCUGAAGAUAUAUGGCUAGAACGAACGGAUAAUAGAAAGAAAAAGGAUGACUCGAUCAUUUCGUCAACGUAUUGCUAA